GAAAACAACUUAGUUUAAAUCUAGCGGACAGGCACUCAUAAUUUCUUUUAAAAUUAUUUGUUGAUUAUUUAUCUUAUAAGAUUAUAUGAAACAGACAAAACAUGAAUCUUUGGAACAAUAUUCAAACUUAUUUAACUGAAGAUUGGGAACGCUGUGAAACAGAAACUGGCCUUCCUUAUUAUGUUAAUCAUGUUUUACAAAAAACUCAAUGGGACCAUCCACAAUUUGUAAAACUCCUACAGUCAUUUGAAGAGUUAGACAACAUAAAAUUUGCUGCUUAUAGAACGUCAGCUAAACUUCGUCGUCUGCAAAAAUAUCUGAAAUUACAGCAGAUGACACUUAGUCAAAUAUCAUUGGCUUUUGAUCAGCAAGGGUUAGCUAAUAAUAUGCAGUCAUACGUUGAUUGUCGGCAAUUACAAAACAUAUUAACAAAGAUCGCUCAUCCUCUCUUAAAGUAUAUAGUGACAAAUAAGGAGUUCGAUUCUAUUAUACAGCAACUGGUAAAUUUAAUGUUAAACUUAUAUGAUGUCAAAAGGACAGGAACAGUUUACGUUACCAAAAUUAAAGUGGCCCUGUAUUUGUAUUCAUUGUUUGAAAAUGAUGACGGAAAGCUAUCUCGACAACAAUUAGGAGCUCUACUAAGAGCAGUUAUAUACAUACCAGAUUUAUUAGGAGAGAGUGAAGCGUUUGGUGGAACUAAUAUUUCUUCCGCUGUUCAUAGCUGCUUUAAAUUUACUGAUGCAGAUGUAAUAUCGGAAGAUGAAUAUAUGCAGUGGCUGGCUAAGGAGCCGCAAACUCUUGUCUGGCUAGCCACUUUUCAUCGAAUGAUUGCAGCAGAACACAUUAAUCAUGGAAUUAAGUGUGACGUUUGUAAAGGUCUACCAAUUGUUGGAUUCAGAUACAAAUGUCUACAAUGUUUUAACUAUAACUUAUGUCAGACCUGUUUCUUAACUUGCAAAGUGAGCAGAAAUCACAAACUUUAUCAUCCAACUGAAGAAUACUGUUUUGCGUCUUCGGCUUUCGAAAGUACAAGAGCUUUAUUCAAUAUUAUAAAAAAUAAUUUAAGCAAAAAGCGUCGAAGAAAAAUACGUUUACGUUAUCUUCCACCAAAUGAUGGAAAGAGCUUACAUAUAGAUAAAAGUGAUAGGCGCGAACUCGAAGAUAUUGUUCGAUGCUUGGAAAUGGAAAACAAACAAUUACGACAAAGUUUAAAAAAUGCUCAAGUUAUCAAUCCUACAUUUGAUGGCGAGCGAUUGCAACACCUCGAAGGACAAUUAAAUAGAUUAAAAAAAAUUUUACAUAAAAAUGAAGAUUUUGACAUUGUUGAUUAUUCCAUUUAUGAUAAUUUAGUGAAAUCACCACCGCCAAAAUAUGUUGACAAGUAUCAAAAGAAAUCUAAAGAAAUUUGCCGUAAUUUAGCUUCAAUUCUUGAUGAAGAUAUUGCACUUCAUAAUACGAAUAUAACACUACCUGAUAUCGAAAAUACAUUAAAUGUCAAUGAACUAGACCCCAAGUCGGAAUUUGAAGAAUUGUUGGAUGAAUUUCAGAAUGCUUUCUUAUCGGACUAUUCAACAAAUUAUUCACUUACAAGUAUGUCAGAUAGGAAAGAAAUUAGUUCAACCACAGAACUAUUCGAGUGUAUAGAAAUGAUUUCUACAGCUUUUGAUGAUUAUGUUGACACCUUAUUAACAUCUUCGAGUAGUAAUAUACGAUAG